ACUCAGACUGAGGUUCAGUGAGCAGACAGACAAACAGACAGACCCAGACAUGACUCAGCUGGUGGAGUGUGUCCCCAACUUCUCUGAGGGACAGAACCAAGAGGUGAUUGAUGCCAUUGCGGCGUCCAUCUCCGGCACACACGCGUGUUCUCUGCUGGACGUGGACUCGGGCAUCUCCACGAACAGAACCGUCUUCACGUUUGUCGGUUCUCCUGAGGUCGUGGUGGAGGCGGCGCUGAACGCAGCACGCUGCGCCUUCAGCCUCAUCGACAUGACCAAGCACUCAGGUGAACACCCUCGUACUGGAGCGUUGGACGUCUGUCCCUUCAUCCCCGUCCAGAACGUCACCAUGGACGAUUGUGUCCACUGUGCGUCGGUGUUUGGACAGAAGUUGGCGGACAUGUUGAACGUCCCCGUUUAUCUUUAUGGAGAAGCCGCUCGUCAGGAGAGGAGGCGGAGUCUUCCAGCAGUGAGAGCCGGAGAGUACGAAGCUUUACCUGAGAAGCUCAAGCGUGACGAGUGGAAGCCAGACUUUGGCCCCGCCUCCUUCAUUCCGUCCUGGGGCGCCACGGUAACUGGCGCUCGCAAGUUCCUGAUCGCUUACAACGUGAACCUGAUCGCCACCAAAGAGCAGGCGCACCGCAUCGCUCUGGACAUCAGGGAGCAGGGGCGGGGCAGAGGACAGCCCGGGCGGCUGGAGAAGGUCCAGGGUCUGGGCUGGUUCCUGGAUGAGUCCAACCUCGCUCAGGUGUCCACCAACAUCCUGGACUAUGAGAGGACACCUGUCCACGCCGUCUACCAGGAGAUCUGCAGGGAGGCUGAGGAGCUGAACCUGCCCGUGGUGGGUUCUCAGAUCGUCGGGCUGGUUCCGCUCAGAGCUCUGCUCGACUGCGCAGACUUCUACAUCCACAAAGAUCAGCUGUUCGUCCUGGAGGAGGAGCACAAAGUCCGACUGGUGAUCAGUAAACUAGGUCUGGACUCACUGAGUCCAUUUAACCCCAGGGAGAGAAUCAUCGAGUACAUGGUGUCGUCUCAGGACAGCGGUCGUCUCGCGUCUUUGUCUCUGAGACGCUUCGUGCUCAGCGUCGGCGCUCGGACGGCGGCUCCAGGCGGAGGAUCCGUUUCUGCUGCUGUCGGCGCUUUGGGAGCGGCACUCGGUGCGAUGGUGGGACAGAUGACGUACGGGAAGAGACAGUUUGAGAACCUGGACGUGACCAUGAGACGCCUCAUUCCUCCGUUUCAUCAGGCGAUGAAUGAACUGCUGAGGACGGUGGACGAGGACGCUCGCGUCUUUAACGGCUACAUGGUGGCGCUGAAGAUGCCAAAGACGACGGCAGAGGAAGUUCAAAGCAGAGAUGCAGCGCUGCAGGUCGCCCUUCAGUCAGCCGUUAGCGUCCCAUUAGCUCUGGCAGAGAAGGUCAAUGAUUUGUGGUCACCGCUCAAAGAGAUGGUCGUCCACGGCAACGUAUCCUGCAAGUCUGAUGUUCAGGUGGCAGCCAAAGCCUUGGAGACGGCGGUUUACGGUGCAUAUUUCAACGUCAUGAUCAACCUCAAAGACGUCACAGACGACAUCUUCAUCGCCACGACACAGCAGAGGGCAACGACGCUGCUGCGCGAGGCUCAGGACGCAACCGCUGCCGUCCUCCUCGCUGCUGAGGGCAGGAAGUGAAGAGGGAGGGGCUAAAGCUCUGAUCAUUUUCAUCAUCCAGUUUGGUGAUAAAAAACUGAUCAAUGUCACAGAUUAAAAAUUAUUUUUGUUUUCAGACAUUUAAGAUGCUGAAAAAUCACAGAAACUUGGUUUAAAUGAUUAAAAAAAACAGCUCUAACACAUUUACACUGGAUUAUAUGAUCAGAGUUCAAAUAUAAUCCAGUCAGUCUUUAAAGGGAAACUUUUAUUUGUUUUUACUUUAUUAAAACUUCAUGUAAAAUUGA